UCACUGACUCAAGAGUGUCACGGUCACCAGUUGUUUACUUGUAUCUCAGUAGCUUGUACGGACAGCAUUGUGUGUAGAGAUCAGCUGGACAUAGCGGCUCCCAAAAUUACAUAUUUAAUAUAUUGAUGUCUGAUAGAUUUUUAUUUGAUUAUCAGAUUAAGUUUGUAGGUCAUUUAUUUAUUAUUUUCGGGCCUUGAAUGGCUUUCAGUGGGUUAGCUAGCAGCUAGCGCUAACCAUAGAGCCGAUUAAACCGUCAAACAGCACAUCAGCACAGAAACAUGUCGUGUACAUGUGCUUCAGCGGCGAGAAAACUUAUAAAUUCAGCUCAUAAAGGAAUAUCAGGCUCCAGAGUCCAGUUACUGUCACUAAGCCACCGGGGAACUCAUGAGGUUCGUCUGGCACUCCGGGUCCCUGUGAGAUCAUUUUCAGAGACGUCUGUGUAUUACGCUUCAAAAGAUGGAAUAAAGGAUGGAGAUGGUGGGAAGAAAUCUGUUGGUGAAGGAAGUGGAAAAAGAGCCAGCUCCAGUAACUCAGGCAAAGGAGGAAGUCAACUGCGAUGCCCUAAAUGUGGAGAUCCUUGCACACAUGUAGAAACAUUUGUUUCAUCAACUCGCUUUGUGAAAUGUGAAAAAUGCCACCACUUUUUUGUGGUGCUUUCGGAAACUGACACUAAGAAGAGUUUGAGUAAAGACCCAGAGUUAGCGGCAGAAGCUGUCAAGUUGGCUUUCCAGCAGAAACCCCCACCACCACCUAAGAAGAUCUACGCUUAUCUCGAUAAGUAUGUUGUGGGUCAGGAUCAUGCUAAAAAGGUGCUUUCGGUAGCGGUGUACAACCAUUAUAAACGUAUCUACAACAACAUGCCGGCAGGCUCCAGGCAACAGCAGGUGGAGGUGGAGAAACAGGCCUCUCUUACUCCUCGAGAGCUAGAGCUAAGACGACGGGAGGAUGAAUACAGGUUUACAAAGCUGCUGCAGAUUGCUGGGAUCAGUCCACAUGGAAACGCUCUGGGUGCCUCCAUGCAGCAGCAGUUGAACCAGCAGGCUCCUCCAGAGAAGAGAGGAGGGGAAGUCCUGGACUCCACACAUACCGAUAUCAAACUAGAAAAGAGCAACAUUGUGCUGCUGGGCCCCACUGGUUCUGGAAAGACACUUCUGGCUCAAACGCUGGCCAAAUGCCUGGAUGUUCCCUUUGCUAUCUGUGACUGCACUACCCUUACCCAAGCUGGCUAUGUGGGAGAGGACAUAGAGUCUGUCAUCGCAAAGUUACUACAGGACGCUAACUAUGUGAUUGAGAAAGCCCAGCAAGGCAUCGUGUUCUUGGAUGAAGUGGACAAGAUUGGCAGUGUUCCUGGGAUCCAUCAGUUAAGGGAUGUGGGAGGAGAAGGAGUGCAACAGGGUUUGCUUAAACUCCUGGAGGGCACUAUUGUUAAUGUUCCUGAAAAGAACACAAGGAAGCUGAGAGGUGAAACUGUGCAAGUCGACACCACCAAUAUACUGUUUGUAGCAUCAGGAGCGUUUAAUGGACUAGACCGUAUCAUCAGCAGGAGAAAGAAUGAGAAGUUCCUUGGGUUUGGAACACCAUCUAACAUGGGGAAAGGUCGAAGGGCGGCAGCAGCGGCCGAUCUGGCCAACAUGACGGGCGGAGAGGUGGAAGCGGUGGCCGAGAUUGAGGAGAAGGACCGGCUCCUAAAACACGUAGAGGCCAGAGACCUCAUUGAGUUCGGCAUGAUUCCAGAAUUUGUGGGGCGACUUCCUGUCGUGGUUCCACUGCACAGCCUGGACGAGGAGACACUGGUGCGAAUCCUCACGGAGCCACGAAAUGCUGUCGUGCCUCAGUACCAGACUCUCUUCAGCAUGGACAAGUGUGAUCUCAACAUGACGCCUGAUGCCCUGAGAGCCAUCGCCAGGUUGGCUUUGGAACGUAAAACUGGUGCCCGUGGGCUUAGAUCCAUAAUGGAAAAACUGCUGCUAGAUCCAAUGUUUGAGGUGCCCCAUUCAGAUAUUGUGGCCGUGGAGGUGAACCAGGAAGUGGUUAAGGGACAAGCAACACCUCGAUACAUAAGAUGAACGUGGUACCUUCAGGCAUUUGGAAAUUGCUCCCAAGGAUAAACCAGACUUGUGGGGGUCCACAAUUUUUUAUUCUGAGGUCUUGGCUGAUUUCUUUUGAUUUUCCCAUGAUGUCAAGCAAAGAGGCACUGAGUUUGAAGGUAGGCCUUAAAAUAUAUCUACAGGUACACCUCCAAUUCAGUACACCUCCUAACAGAAGCUAAUUGUCUAAAGGCUUGACAUAAUUUUCUGGAAUUUUCCAAGCUGCUUAAAGGCACAGUUAACUUAGUGUAUGUAAACUUCUGACCCACUGGAUCUCAGAAUAGCAUUCUGAGAUGCUAUUCUUCUCACCACAAUUGUACAGAGCAGUUAUCUGUGUUACCAUAGACUUUGUCAGUUCGAGCCAGUCUGGCAAUUCUCUGUUGACCUCUCUCAUCAACAAGGCAUUUCUGUCCACAGAACUGCCGCGCACUGGAUGUUUUUUGUUUUUGGCACCAUUCGGAGUAAAUUCUAGAUAGAGACUAUUGUGUGUGAAAAUCCCAGGAGAUCGGCAGUUACAGAAAUACUAAAAAAGGAAUAAAAUUAAUUACUUCUUAUUGAUCUAUUCUUAUACAUUAAAGCGUCCUGUCUGUAUUUAUAUGACAUUAAUAUAUAAUACGACUAAUGAUCGUGAUCCUAACGGACAGAACAUUUCCACUCGUACUGGUUAGUCAGUUCAACCCACCAUGAUUUUUGCCACAUUCUUUACAUUAUCACUCCUUCAAAAUAAUAUCAGUUUGUUUGUAUGGAUCUAUUCUUAUGCAUUAAAGGCAUUUUUCUGUAUUUGUUUGCAAUGAAAGCUGUCUAAUGACUGUGAUCUAGACUGGUAGAAAAUUGCUCUUACUGAUUAGUUAACCAGCCGCUCUUGCGUUUAAUAACCACGAUUUUUGCAAUAUUGCUUCCAUUUUCACUCUCCAAGAAUAAAAUUCAUUCAUUAAUGACCGUGAUCCUAACUUGCCAAAAAUUUCAGUUCUGAGGGCCUAAUUUCCCGAAAAUGAUGGUUCUUAGUUCAUAAGAGUGUUCUCUAUGGUUCUCUAGAAUUUAAUUUCUAAUAAAUCAAGUGGCCACUUUGUACCAAUGUGGUCAUGCACACAAGUCCAUUUGUUUAAUUGAUUUAGGCCUAAUUAUUUUAUCUUUCAUUAAUUGUUUUAUUUUUUUAUUUCAUUUAUCUUUUUGUGUCUUAUUUUAAAUUGUAUAAUUAUAUAUUGUUAUACAUUUAGUUUAUAAAAAUUGUCCCACAGGCGUA